AUGAACGACUCAAAUGGGGUGACCGUUUGCCCUAUUCGGCACGAUCCCUUCACACAUGUCCAGUAUGCCGACUUUUCCCAGGUCCAGUAUUUGCAAAUCGUCAAUUCCGAGGAUGAGGAGGCUCAACUGAAUGAAUUCGAGGAUGAAGAAGAACUAGAUGAUGAUGAUGAUGCCUACGACGUAGGCGAAGGCUCAUCUGCUGCAGCAGAGGCCGAAUCGUCCAAGGGUCCACCUACCGGACCAACAUUGCCGGAGCAAGGUGGAGAUCUAGACAUCGACGACGAAUGGCCGGAGCCCGCUGCCGACGCAGCGCCGCGGAGUCCGGGUAAGAGGAAGACCCGCAAAGAUAAGAAAAAGAAAUCCAAGCAUGCUUCAGUGGAUGAGAAUACUCCAGCGAAAGAGGAGUGCACUGUGAAUGCGACUGAUACACAGGAAACUACGAAAUCUUCACCGACUGAAGAUCCUCCUGAGAGUUCGUCCAGCAAGAAGUCAAAGAAGGCCAAAAAGCAUGCCAAGAAAGCUGCCCAGAAGGAGAAGGCUGACAAGGCAAAGUCUGCGACAAAUGGCAAGAAUAAGAAGAGUGUUUCUUUUGCAGAUCCUCCGACUGUCGAAAAGGAGGAGACUCCUCAAACAUCGGAGAAAUCAGACGAAGCCGUACCGGCUGAUGAAGCUGCGGCAGAAGCAACCAGUGGCGCCGAAAAGUCAACUCCAGAGCCUUCAUCGACAGAAGUAGAAGCUACUGAGGCUGCUCCUGAUGCGCCGACUGAGUCAGUGCCGGAGGAACAGCCUUCAGCAGCAGAGACUACUGAGGGAAGCAAGGAAGCUGAGGCACCAUCAGAGGCACCAUCCGAGGCACCAGCAGAAGCACCAGCAGAAGCACCAGCAGAAGCACCAGCAGAAGCACCAGCAGAAGCACCAGCAGAGGCACCUGCUGGGGCGGGCUCUGGCGCGGAGGCCAAGUCAGACGACCCAGAGCCAAACGCAGGGCCUGCAAAGGAAGUCGACAAUGUUAAGCCAGAGGAUACGCCCACUGCACCAAGCGAUGAGGCCCCCGUCGAAAGCGCGAGUACUGACUCUCCGACGCCGGAGCCGUCUGCCGAAGAUGCAGCUCCAACAGCACCUGAACCGGCCGAUGAGCCUGUGGCAGAACCAACUACAGGUGAUACUGCAGAAAAGCCUGCUGAAUCAGAAUCAAAAACUGAAUCGGCUCCUGAGGCUGAGCCCGAGACGAAGCCCGAUCCGGAGCUGGGAGCUGUUUCGUCGGGAGCUGAAGAAGCAGAGACACCAGAGACCACCACUAAUGACAAUGCCGGCGAAACUUCCAAGGACGACGCACCACCUGAGGAAGCUGAUGAGUCGAGUGAUCAACCUAACGUGGCAGUAGAAACUCUGAAUUCGACUGCAGCGGAUAAAAAGCCAACUGAAGAGAAGACUGAGCCUGCAGAGUAUACUGAAGCGCCGACUGCUGCCGAGGACGAGACAAAGACUGGCGAGAAUAUCUCUGAACUCAGCAGUGAGGCCGCUGAGGCGUCUUUAAAGUCUGAAGAGAGUAGCAAUCUUCCACAGAUGGCAGAAGAUGAGCCCCAGCCCAACGUCGAGGAAGGGAAAGAGGAAGCGACCGAAGCCAGCAAAAGCAAUGAUGCUAAUGAGACCAAUGCCGAGCCAGAUGUCUCCGAAUCUGACAAAGUUGUCGCCGAAGGCGCUGCUCAGACCCCUGCUGAGACAUCCGACGCACCUGGUGAAGAAGCCGACGAGUCAAAGGAAUCCGAAGCUACAGAAAGCAGUGCUGCUCCUCCACCCGAAGUAAAGGAAUCGGUUGUCGAAGAUACUUCGCGAGCUGAAGACACCGCAUCAGCUCCCGAGAUCGCUACCUCGGAAAAGGAGGAAGUUCAGGAAUCACCAACACCAAGCGGGCCCAAUGACGUGGCUAAGCCUGAGGAGAGCAAUAUCAUCGAAGCAGAAACUGCUGAAAAUAAGUCCAACGACACGGAUUCCACAGAAAGGGGCGCAGUAGAUGUAGCUCCUGCGGACGAGGCCGUCUCUGAUGCGCCUAGCUUGUCUGAAGACAAGGCCGAAGAUCAAACAAGUACUGCGGGAAAUGCCGACAGCGCUGCCCAAGUCGUGAAAGAACAGACCUCACUGGAACCGUCUGAUGAUAUUGGAAAUGAGGAGCCUUCCUCCGCCGAAGAGAAGCCUGAAAGCGAGAUCAAGAGCGAAGCAUCCUCCCCUGAAUCGCAGGAUUCCGCGAAUGCGAAGGCUGAGGCUGAGGCUGAGGCUGUCAAAGAUGAAACCACAAGCGGCACUGAUGCAGCUGGUGAGAUUGAUUCCCCGACGCCAGCUGAGACCAGCGUCGACGACGAGGCACCUCAAAGUGAGGAGGCUCCGGUCGAGACUGAAACCCCAGCAGACAAUAGCGUAGAAGCGGAUGAAAAGGCAUCCACGUCUACAGCUACAGAAGCUGCCACCCCGGCUCCUGCGACGGACGAAGAAGCCGCACCCACUGAGCCCGAAGCUGAAGCCAGUGGGAAAGGUGGCAGCGAAGACGUGACUGAGCCCGCCGAGGCGGUGGCAGCUACUGUAGUACCUGACGACAAUGAUGCAGAGACGCAGCCGGAGCCCUCAGACCACGCUACUGUCGACGAAGAGAAGCCUCAACCUGAGGCAGAACCGUCUGAGAGUGCCGACAAAGCGGUGCUUGCCGCCACCCAGGAAGCCACAACGAGUGAUAUCGACGAGACAAGCGAGACCAAAGACACCGGUGCGACUGAAGUUAUCACUGAGGCGACGUCUCCGGAAACGGCUGUCCUAGAGGCUGAAGCGGCUGCCGAAGCAAAAGAUGCCGCGCCUGCUGACAACGAGGUCGAGCAAACUGCUGCUGCUGCUGAUGACAACACUCCAAAGGAUACCGAAGCAGUCACAGCCGAAGACGAGAAGCCGAUCGAUGUUAUCUCGCCAGGUGAUGAGGAACCUGCAUCUGAGAAACCGAUUGCGACAAGCAAUGUUGUAGACAACUCCGUUGCCGCGGAGGCUUCUGAAGAAAGCGUGACUGAUGCUACUCCUGGAGUUUCCGGUGAAGCUGAGCCUUUGAAGGAAGACCAGGAAGAUGCGGCACCAGCCAUGACUGGAGAGCCUGAGCAAGAGAAGGAAAUUUCAUCAUCGGCAGAGGAUAUCGCAGAUGCCCCACCAGAACCCAAGGAUGUUGAUGUUGAGGCACCACUAGCAGACAAUGCGGAACCCGAAUCGACUGCUGCUGGAGUCGAUGACAAGGACGCCACAGCCACUGAAGCUUCUGAGAUCGAGACUCAAAAGCCAGAAGACUCUGCGAAUGCAGAAGUCUCAGAGACCGCCGAUACCGUUUCGAACGAGGAGAACAGUCAUAAAGAGGAGGCUGCGGCACCUGAACCUGAGACAGCACCUACCGAAGAGAAUGAGGAAGUGAGUCAAUCGACACUUGCUAUCGAGGAUGUUUCAGCAGAGAAGCAGGAUGACACGCCUGCUCAGGAAGAGCCAGCCAGUGCGGCGCCUGUGACAGUGGCAGAAGAGACAAAGAUAAAGGAGCCAGUUGCGCUUGAAGAGGCAGCCAAGGAAUCGUGA